GUUCAAUAUUCAUGAAUAUUUAUUUACUUUGCAUAGAUAGCCACUUCAUUACCACUGUCGUUAUUACAAAGAAACAUUUUAGCAAAGAUCAGAGUACUUGGUCAAUAUGGGUAUUCGAUCUAGCUUAGCUCUACCAUCCGUUUGUACUUUAUUGACGGAACCCAAAUUAUCAGAGAUUAUUAUUCAUCUAACAUUUACCCCCUCGUCACUUUCGAGAGCAAUUCAUGCUUUAAGGAAGACAUUAAGUCAUGGAAAGCUCUCUAACACAAUAAUCAAGCAAUCUAUAUCCAACACCUUCAAAAUCGUGUCAAGAAAACACGAACUUCAUCCUUGGAAAUUCAUCAACAUCGAGCUAAAUUUUGAAGGGGCAGAAUAUAUACCAUUAAUUGACGAAACGCUAAAGGAAAUUCUUAGACAAUUUGCCUGUAAUUUGGGGCUUUACGAAGGUUGUCCUGUUUCCGUGGGUACUUCUCGGUUCAUACCAGAUAGUGGCUUUUAUGUUCAUGGAUUGGUGAAUCACGAUGAACUACUUCACUUCAUUCCUCGCCCUCGCAUAUUCAAUGGAUAUUUGACUCGACAACUACAAACUACAGAAACUUCAAAUACCAUUCCUUGUAGCAAAGCUGAUGAGAAAAUUGCGCAAUUUACUUCAAUUGGUAUUCGGCUAAGUGGUAUUAAACUACAUGGUGAUUGCCAUCAACCCCCAGCAUUCGCGCAAGAAUCCAAUCCGGACUCGGCAUCAGAGGAUGGCUCUGGAGAAGAGCCUGAUAUACGGCCAGAUUUCUCCGAACUAUCUGAAGAGCUCAACCAACAAUCUCAAAAGCAAACGCAGCAACCACUAAAACCUCAAAGUAUGGGUGCGAUUCCUAAUGGACAGCCGACAACUGAUUAUCAAACUAUGCAGUAUCAACAAAUAUGGAAAAUGCAGAUGCAGGCCAAUGCUAAGCAUUUCAACUAUCAAAUACCUAUACACAUGACAGCCAGUGUGAAACACGAGCCUAUAGAAACCACCAACUCUUCUGAUGAUUCAGAUGAGGGUGGAGUCUCAAUUUAUCUAAAACCAACCCCGGAUUGCUUUGAGACGGUCAAAGACUGGGCAGAAAAAGUUGAAACGGAGCGAGAAGAUACUAAGGAAAGAUCUUGCUCAUAUUCUUUGCAGAAUAACACUUCUGGUACAAAUUUUGAAUGGCCAUGGGCUCAAAUCGAGCUAUAUGAAGUUUUGCAACGGCCUGUCGUGAAGGAAAGUCCCACCCUACAAGUUGAUUCUAGGUCGGACAGUGAAGAAGCAACUUCUUUCAUUUCAAAAAUCAUUCCAUUUAAGGCAUACCCGGAGCAGUUAGCUUCAACUGGCCUCGGAAGUGCAACAAGUUUCGGGACUCCUUGCAAUGCUCUAUCGAUAGCAGAUGUUAGAGACUCAACUUCACCUAUUUCAGAAUGCCGUCCUCAUCUUCGUGGAGGGAGUUUACCAAAUAGAGACACUUUGAAACAAUGCUUAAAGAGGAUUAGCGAGAGAAUCUCUCGUCGUAAUUUUCAGUAUGACAUAGAUCUUGGUUAUGGUGGUUCUAGCGUUUCUGCGGAACCGUUUCCUGAGUAUGAUCCAACGGUGGACAUGGCGUACCUGAGUGAUUUGAAUGGUACCUAUCGAAUUGAUACGAGGCGGAACCUUCGAGGCAAUGAUUCCUAUGCCGAAUCUAUCGUCAAGCUUCAUCCUGAAGAUUUAACCCAAUGCAAUCGGCUUGAUACCUCGAGUGCGGAAUCUAAAUCAAAAUGCCAUCACGACUUCACGAAGAAGCUCAACAGCGACAAUAAUUCUACACGAUCGUACAUUGGCCUUCAAAUAGAUGCCAUUCAAUCAAAGGGAGAGACCGGAAAUACGACCCAGAGUAGUUCGAUUGAUAGUCCAUCGAAAUUAUUUAUGGCUAGCCACAAACACGAUAAAUUGCGAGCUAUGGUUGAAAGUCCCCUGAAAUCUAUCAAGGGUAAAUCUUCUUGCGAGAAAUUCAAGAAAAAAGCCCGGAACGGAGAAAUUGAAGACAGUGAUGGGUACGAAGACAGUGAAGGAAUCUGUGAUAAAUUUAAGAGGCCAUUGCAAACUAUGGAAAAAGAGGAAAGCGAGAAAGAAAGGGAAUCUUCGGAAGACAAACAUGGAAAACAUGAGCGGUACCCUGCACUUGUCGGAGCGGGCGAAGGUCCACACUUUAGGAAUGCAUACCAGUAUCCUCAGUCAGAGUUUGAUACCCACCUCGGACUUGCGGCAAAGACAAGAGGGUUACAAUCGGAUUCACUCAUUAUUGGAGAACUACUUUCUGAAGAAUGCACCGAGGAGUAUCACUCCCGCAAUCAUGUUAAAGAAUCGGAACCGACAGAUAUUUAUAAUUUAGGAUUGGAAGAGACAAUUCAAAAGAAAGAGAAGAGACUCAAUGUAGAGAGAAUCUACCGGCUGAUAAAUCAUUCCAUUCUGAAAGCAAAGCUUGUUAUGGGAACAAUACAAAAAAAAACUAAUUUGGCAAGAAUUGCUCAAAGCCAAUUGUUUCAUGGUCUAUCAUCUGAUCCCAAGCCCUACGGACCCACAAUGGUUUACUUGACAAGCAAAACUCAGUUGCGAGGAGGAAGUGGGAAUGAGAAAGAGACUAGCUUUUUCACAAGGAACAGGCUAAGGCUUGGGCGAUUUUUAAGAAGCCAUUCAGAGAGUGAAGGAGCAACGGCGAGACAUGCUCCACCGGCGACAGGGAAUGGCACGCCUGGCUCAGAAAGCGGACUGCAAAGACAUCAUCGAUAUGACAGUGGCAUUUCAGGAAUGAGUGAUGAGCAGAGUCGAAAUAAAGAUGUGUCUGUUGAAAAUGGAACUCCUCGACAAGCCGUCAGUCUUUCAGAACCUGGGUCCCAAACCACGGAAACGGUUAGAGAGGUUGAUUCGGACACCUCGGAGGAAGCAGGAAAUGCAGCACAUUCUGAACAUGUCGAACAUGUUGAAUACGUUGAACAUGUUGAAAAUACUGAAAAUGUUGAAGAUACUGAUUCUUCAAAACCUUUAGAGCCUAGAGGCGCUCCAAGAAAACGACCUGAAAGACAGCUGGAAGAAGAUGAGACGCAACAGCUUCUUAGAAGUGGGCUUCUAGAUAUAUUAUGGAGGUUUCUUGCUCUCAAGCAGGAAAUCUGGUUUAAGCGUAAUGCUAUCAUACAUGGUGCCCCUAGUUCUAAGAACAACUUCGAAGCGCAUCUUACCGCGGACGAAGUAGACGAUAUACGCCAAUAUGUACAGAACAGUAGAGAAAUGAUAGAAGUCAGCAACAGACCGCGCGAUGCAGAUGUUCUUCCUGACCUGGUUACACGCGCAAACAAUCACUUAUUAAGAACACGUCGUGUGCGGCAAAUAUUUGACAAUUGGUAUGCAAGAGAAGGCCAACAGCAAAGACAAAACGUUUCUUCCACUGAUGCUGAUGAAGGAUCUUCAAAUAUCGAGAGAUCCAGUACAGUUCCGACACGGGGUGUGGGAGUUUUGGAUAAUUGGCCUUUCGCAGCAGCUCCAGAUGAGAAUUUUAGACGUGAUAGAAAUUCUAGCGAGACUAGUACAAAUAUUCCAAGAACUUCUUCUGAUACUCAGUUAAUACGUAGAAGAUCUUCAUUGAUCUUAGCUCCACUUCCGAAUUUGUUCGCAGCGCCUUAUCCUGGUCAAGCAUCUCGGGGUGAAACACAUGGGGAAUCUUCACGAAGUGGUGCUAGUGGUGGAAAUGCGGACAGUAUCGCUGAGAAGAUAGAUGUCUUGAGGGCUAGGAACAAUAUAUCUCCGAGAACUUCUCAAUAUGAAUCUAGUAUAAGUAGUUGUGGAACUCAACAAGGCGGCAUGCCUAACUGUAGUGAGCAAAACGAGGACCACGUAUAUCAGGAACCAAUCUCUAAAGAAACCAUCCAGAGACUCCAAGACUUGGGAGCGACGCGCGUGGAAGCUGUUAAUCUUCUCAAUGCUACUGCUGGUAAUGUUGAGCGUGCGGUUGAGGUUCUGCAAGAUGAAAAUCCUCUCAAUCAGGAAGAUAUGAGGAGAAUGCUGGUGGAUCCGGAGAACGAUCUGCAUCAAGUUGUGAUGGUGACCGGAGUUCCGACCCGGAGAGCUUUUUUAGCAUUGCUUGUUAGUGAGAGUGAUGUUGGAGGGGCGAUUGAUCUUUUGACGGGUGAGGCGACUGGUGCAACGAUGAAUGAUGAGGUUAUCAGCGAAGACGAUAGUGGAAAUGGAUCGAGUAGUAAUGGGAUGAAGAAAGAUGAGGAAGGAGGGGAGUGUGAGAAUAGUAGUAGUAGUGAAGAUUCGGAUGUGGAAGUUGCUGGAACGGACGAAGGACUUGAGCCUCUUGUUAGCGAGACAGAAGAUAACGAGAAAGCAGAUGAGUGUGAGAAGGGCGACUGUGAUGGAACGAAUGUAAACGCUGCUGAAUCGGAUGAGGAAUACCAACCUCUUAUUGACAAGGCAGAGAAUAAUAACGAGGAUGAUGUACACGAUGACCAAGGUGGCAUAGAUAAUGAUGGAUAUGACGAUACAGAUUCCAUUGAACAUGAUAGGGCAGGCGAGGCUCCCAUUAUUGAGGUGGAGAUGGUAUUGUCUUCUCGGAAAGGAAAAGAAAGAGCAGAGGGCUAUAAUCUUUGAUAAUUGGGCAGAUGUUUUUAAACAGGCUGGGUUUGGCGAUUAGCAUUCUGUAUUUCUUUCUUUCUUUCUUUCUAUUUUUUUUAUAGGAACAUCAGCGGAUUGUAUAUAAAUAGCGAGUUGUAGGAAGAGAUAAUUGGAACA